GGAAGGAGUGGGCGUAGACAUGUCUCCCCGGGCGCUUGUGGCCUCCGGAUUCUGACUUGCUUUCCCGCUCCUGGGCCGCUACACCUUGAGGAGCUUUUUCAGACGGUCUGAGAAGAUCCGGGGUGCCCAGGGCAUUCCAAAGCCACUCCGCCCCCCGCCAUGUCCUGGAAGUUCAAGAGGGAUUCUGUUUGGAAGUAUUCACAGUCUGCCCAGUAUGGAGCCCAUGAAAAUAUUCCAAGACUUUCAUACCCACCUUUCUUUCCACGUUUUGAAUUCCAAGACAUUAUCCCUCCAGAUGACUUCCAAACUAGUGAUGAAGAGCUAGAUUUGGUUUUAUUUGGAACUAUGAGAGGACAAGUUGUUGGAAUACGCUAUUACACAGGAGUUGUGAAUAAUAAUGAAAUGGUUGCUUUAGAACGAGAGCCUAAUAACCCGUAUGAUAAGAAUGCUAUUAAAGUAAAUAAUGUGAAUGGAAAUCAGGUUGGCCAUCUAAAGAGAGAUCUUGCAGCUGCCUUGGCCUAUAUCAUGGACAACAAAUUGGCCCAAGUGGAAGGGGUAGUUCCUUUUGGUGCAAGUAAUACUUUUACCAUGCCUCUUCAUAUGACUUUCUGGGGAAAAGAAGAAAAUAGAGAGGUGGUUUUAGAUCAUUUGAAGAAACAUGGAUUUAAGUUGGGUCCCACACCAAAAACUGUAGGAUCGAGUUUGGAGGAUGCAUGGGGCUCUGGAAGAGCUGGACCAAGCUAUAGUAGGCCGGUUCAUGUUGCUGUACAGAUGACAACUGAACAGCUCAAAACGGAAUUUGACAAAUUAUUUGAAGAUUUAAAAGAAGACGAUAGAACUAUUGAAAUGGAGCCAGCCGAGGCUGUUGAAACACCAUUGCUCCCACACCAAAAACAAGCUCUAGCUUGGAUGAUUGCACGAGAGAACAGCAAAGAACUUCCACCGUUCUGGGAACUGCGAAAUGACCUGUAUUAUAAUACAAUAACAAAUUUUUCUGUGAAGGAACGACCAGAAAAUGUUCAUGGAGGAAUUUUAGCUGAUGAUAUGGGUUUGGGCAAAACUCUUACUGCUAUUGCUGUAAUUCUUACCAACUUUGAUGAUGGCAGGCCGCUUCUCAGUAAAAGAGGCAAGGAGGGUCACCCAGGAAAGGAAUACAAGGACGAGACCAUUAAACUCAGAGGAAGUAAUACGAACAAGAAGACAGAUGGACACUCAGAGCCAUCGGCAUGUAGUGAAGAACCCAGUAUUUCAGAUGUUUCGGAGAAGAGUAAUGUGUCAGAUUUGUUUAGUUUCUUCUCUAAAAGAAGAAAAAUUUCUGUACAGUCCACUGAAAGCAGUGAAUCAGAGGAAAUUGAAACAAGUAAACUGUCCCAGAAAAUGAAAGGCAAGCUGAAAAAUACACAGUUAGAUACUAAAAGUAAAGUAAAAGGAUCAUCUAAGAUUAAAGAAGAUACUCAAUUUGCUCUUGCACUUACUUAUUUUGCCCCUGCAACAAAAAGGAAAAUGUUGAAAAAGGGCACAUCUGUGAUGGAGAGCUCAAAGAAGUGUGACACUGGAGAGAGGGCAAGAACAACACUGAUCAUCUGUCCACUCUCUGUGCUGAGCAAUUGGAUUGACCAGAUUGGACAACAUAUAAAAUCAGAAGUGGACUUGAAUCUUUAUGUAUAUUAUGGUCCUGAUCGUAUUAGAGAUUCAACCUGGCUUUCAAAACAGGAUAUUAUUUUGACUACUUAUAAUAUUUUAACUCAUGAUUAUGAAACUAAAGAUAAUAGUCCAUUACACAGCAUAAAGUGGUUAAGAGUGAUCCUGGAUGAAGGCCAUGCCAUACGAAAUCCAAAUGCUCAACAGACAAAAGCUGUUCUUGAGUUAGAGGCAGAAAGAAGAUGGGUAUUGACAGGUACUCCUAUCCAGAAUUCUUUGAAGGACUUGUGGUCUCUUCUGUCCUUUUUAAAACUGAAACCAUUUACUGAUAGAGAAUGGUGGCAUAGAAUAAUACAGCGUCCUGUCACAACGGGAGAUGAGGGAGGACUUAGGCGUUUACAAUCCUUAAUUAAAAGUAUCACACUUAGAAGAACAAAGACAAGCAAAAUUAAAGGGAAGCCUGUCUUGGAGUUACCAGAAAGGAAAGUAUUUAUUCAGCACAUUACUCUGUCAGACGAAGAGAGAAAGAUUUAUCAGUCUGUUAAAAAUGAAGGCAAAGCUACUAUUGCAAGGUAUUUUACUGAAGGAACUGUCCUUGCACACUAUGCCGAUGUCUUGGGUCUUCUGCUUAGGCUGCGGCAGAUUUGUUGUCAUGUCCAUCUUCCUACAAAUGGAACAUCUUCAAGUGACCCCUCCAGAAGCGACACACCUGAAGAACUGAGGAAGAUGUUAGUAACGAAGAUGAAGUUAAUUCUGAGCUCUGGCUCAGAUGAAGAAUGUUCAAUUUGCCUGGAUUCAUUAACAUUUCCUGUGAUCACACAUUGUGCACACGUGUUUUGUAAACCUUGCAUUUGCCAGGUCAUUCAGCGUGAGCAGCCACAUGCAAAGUGUCCUUUAUGCAGAAGUAAUAUACAUGAACAUAAUUUAUUAGAAUAUCCUCCAGAAGAAUUGGCAUGUGACAGUGACAACAAGUCCGAUAUGGAAUGGACGUCUAGUUCAAAGAUUAAUGCUCUAAUGAAUGCUUUGAUUGAGUUACGGACAAAGGACCCCAACAUAAAGAGUUUAGUUGUCUCUCAGUUUACCACAUUCCUGUCUUUAAUAGAAACACCACUGAAAGCCUCAGGAUUUGUGUUUACUCGCUUAGACGGUUCCAUGGCUCAAAAGAAAAGAGUUGAAUCAAUUCAGUGUUUUCAAAAUACAGACGCAGGAUCACCUACUAUAAUGCUACUGUCCUUAAAAGCAGGCGGAGUCGGCUUGAAUCUUUGUGCAGCUUCUCGAGUGUUCUUAAUGGACCCAGCCUGGAAUCCUGCUGCAGAGGAUCAGUGCUUUGACCGAUGCCAUCGACUUGGCCAGAAACAAGAGGUUAUCAUUACAAAAUUCAUUGUGAAGGACUCUGUUGAAGAAAAUAUGUUGAAAAUACAAAACAUGAAAAGAGAGCUUGCAGCUGGAGCCUUUGGAACUAAGAAACCAGAUGCUGAUGAAAUGAAACAAGCUAAAAUCAAUGAAAUCAGAACCUUGAUUGAUCUAUAAUUUGUGGGGGUUUUCUAAGGACAGUUUGAAUAGAUACUUAAGUUUUAUAGAUGAAAACUGCAGAUUUAAGAGUGA